AUGGAGCUGGCAGCCGGGCUCGAUGAGGCAGCUAGACUUGGCGACGAGGAGGCAGUGCGGCAUCUGCUGGCGGCAGGCGCCCGGUCGGAUCAAGCGGACGCAGAUGGCUGGCUGCCGAUGCAUGUCGCCAGCUCCUGCGGCCACGAGACAGUCCUGCGCCUGCUGCUGGAGCCUGCCCCAGACACUGCCUUGGCGGUGGACUUCUCAGGCUGGACACCGCUGCACCGUGCUGCUAACUGUGGGAGCAUUGAAGAGAUGAAGCUGCUGCUGUCGGCGGCACCCGCCGCAGCUUCAAUGCUCAACAAAAGUAAGGAGGCCCCCAUCCACCGCGCCGCCUACAGCAGCAACGCGGCAGCCGUGCAGCUGCUGCUGGAGGCGGCGCCAGAGCUGGCUUUUGCACUGGACAAUGAAGGCUGCACACCACUGCACCUGGUGUUGCGCUACAGCCACGACACAGCAGAGCAAGUCGCGGAGACGGCCCGCUGCCUGCUGCGGGCGGCGCCAGCGGUUCAAACAGCCCUGGGCAUCCUGCUGCAGUACAGCCAGCACUCUGCAACCCUCUACGCCGACCUGAUGGCCCGCCUGUCGCUCAGCCAGGAGCAGCGGCACUCGAUUCCUGCACCCUGCCCCGACCUGGCUCAAGCGCUGCCAGCCGUCCUGGAGUGA